AUGGUAAACUAUAGUAAUUUACCUCAUGUGGUAAUUACAGGAACGGUUGGAGUUGGAAAAUCAACUUUGGUUGAAAAACUAACUGGUUGUAGUGGAAUAGCUUCUGCCAAUUCCAAUAGUUUCACAACAACCAGUUUGGCUUAUCCAACUUCCAAAUUCGUGAUUAUCGAUACUCCAGGCAACAAUCCACUAUCAAUGAAAAUGAACCACAAUAUAUGGAUUGCCCAAGCUUUCAACUUCCGUCCUAUCUCUUUGUUGUUGGUCUGUGUGGAGGCGCAUGUUAGAAUUGCUCAGACAGUAGACGACCUUUUAAAGAUGUUGAAGAGAUUUAAUGGCUUCAAUGAAUAUAUCUGCCCGAUUAUUUCAAAGAUGGACAAUGUUGAAUGGUCUGAAAAAGAUAUGAGAGAAGCACUUAUGGAGUUUGGUGUCUAUAGAGUACUUUUCACAAGUAUCAAAAAAUCACAAUCGAUUCUUCUACAAGAGAUUUUAAAUCAAUGCAAUCCAAAGCCAAUCGAGAUCAACGUGAACCAUGAAAACUUUUUCAAAUACUUUAAAGUGGCAGAAUGCAACCUAAUGAUCCUUAGAAAAACCAAGGCUGUCGUAGAUCUAUAUGAACUUGCAGUACAGUACGUAAGAAAUACAAUAAAGAAUAUGGGUGGAUCUACUAGCAGUGCCAUGGAUCUUGUAUUCCAAUUCCAACAAUUUAUGCUCAAUAUGAUUCCAACGAUGCAGAAAUCACUUGCCGAUGCUUGCGGUUUCACUUUUUGCGGUGUAAAUGACUCUGUUGAAAUUGGACAUAUUGCACACCUCGGAAACAAGCUCAAGAAUGUCCUGUACACAAUCAGAGUUAUGGCAUUAAGUUAUGCCUCGCAACACGGUGUCUCAAACCUGAGAAAAUGUCCAUAUUGUGGUCUCGUUUGGAGCAAGGUAUCCGGUUGCGACGGAGUAACAACAUGCGGUAGUCGACCUACAGACGUUCGUGAAUCUAAUUGUACAACGUUCGCAACCUAUUCCUUCAGUCUAAAUCCAUUCCGGGUACAACAAAUUGAUAACAAAGCCGUACCAACAACUACACCCAAUACUACUGCUGUUGGUGUUGGCUGUGGUAAACCAAUUACUUGGUCAACAAUGCAACCUGUGCCAAUCCCCGAAGAGAUCUCAAGUGCUGUAGCCAGUAUUUCGACUGAAGACGUCAAAUAUCUUCCAGACACAUUGAUUGAUGACUUUGCUCACCUAUUCAAUGAAAAUCUUCAGCCUGUUAGAUACUAUUCCAAAUAA